AUGUCGUAUUCUGUUGCCCCUCACCUCAAAUAUUUCACGAUUCCAUUUGGGAACUUUGCGGAUGCCCGUCCCGAAUUUGACGCGUUCGCGGUGGGUGCCUACAUUUUCUCCGGCGCCCACGUCCUUCUUCUUCAACGUGCACUCACAGACUCCAUGCCUGGUUGCUGGGAGGGUCCCGGGGGCGCAUCUGAGCCUCAACGCGAUGAGACACUGCUUGAUGGAGUUGUGCGGGAGGUACUGGAAGAGAGCGGGUUGCAUGUGACCCGCGUAGUUGAGCUGGUCGCGGUCGAUUGCUGGGAGCAUCAUCGCCGAAGUGGAGGCAAGAUGCGGAUCGCCAAAUACUCCUUCAUUGUUGAAGUUCAUGAAGCGCGGAACUCGCUAGGGGAGCAGCUAUCACCCCUCGCCAUUCCGGUCCAACUGGCGGAAACAGAGCAUCACGCGUUUGACUGGGCCACAGAAGAAGAGGUCCAGCUUUCGGUUGAAUCGAAGGACCGGUACAAAUUCCCUCUUUCAUUAAUUGGACACCAAGGCCCGAAUAUCCUGCGCGCUUUUGAACUCAGGCGCCAAGACAGUGAAUGA